CAAGUGGAGGAGUUACUUCGCCUUGCUACCCCUCCACGAUGCCAGUAUUGUCCCCGCCCUUCUGCACCUACCAUCUGUUGCAGCCAUGAAGGGGACUCCCAGCAACUUGGACACCCUGCUGUGGGUCUACCACUUCCACAGCUCCACCGAGGUGGCCCUACAGCCUCCGCUUCUAUCUUCCCUGGAACUUGCUGUGGCCGCAGCUCACGAGUAUCUGCUGCAACGGUUCAGAGAACUUGAGUCCCAGGAGCCCCUGGAAUCUGAUAAGCCGCCCGCCCAAAAGCCCACCUUAGGGCUGGUGCUAAAAGAAGCUGCGACCAGCAUCAUGAGCUUUGGCGCCACCUUAUUAGAGAUCUCCGCCCUGUGGCUACAGCAGGAGUUACAGCUACUGGACAGGAGCGACGGCUGCCCGGGCCCAGCUCCGGACACUGGGGAUCCGGGGAGGGCGCUGGCUCGUGUAGCCCUGGCCGCAGGGCAGGGGAUUCGGCAAGCUGGAGCAGCAGCUGGCGCAAGUGUCCGGUAUCUGAUCCAGGGGGCGUGGCUAUGCCUGUGCGGACGUGGUUUGCAUGGGUCCACCUCAUCCCUGCAACAAACCCUACGCCAACUGGGCCUUGGGGUCCCCGGGGAUCCGAGAUACUCGGGAGACCUCAAAGUGGCAUCCAGCAGCAGUGAGGAGAACCGGGGACCAGAUAACCCAACACUGUCCCAGCCCCACCCUGUGUCCAAAUAAAAAGCCCAGAACAGGA